CUGCUAGAUAGUGUGGUAAUAUUAAGUUUCUGAUCAGUUUUACUUGAUUGUUUCCUUUAAUUUACCGUUAAAUGUGAUAAAUUCUAAUACAUAUCAAUAUUAUCUUCUUUUUAUGAUAUCUUGACUUGUUGAGAUCAAUUAAGGAAAUAGCGGUGUAUGAUCUGACACUUGUAAAUAUUAAGGCAAUCAUUUUAUGGUUCUCACAUAUUUACUAGAUGUUUUUGAAGAACGUAAUUUGGUGCAGGAACAAAUUUGUGUGACAUGAUGUAUAGAAUUAAAAUAAUUUUGGUUAACUCCUCUUCUUCCCUGUGUCUUCUUCUGUUACUUAGCGGGUAUGUAAACCCGAAUUUACUUGAUGGUAGUGUGAAAUAGAACAUAAUCCUUAAUACACUAGCCGUGCUUCACAUUUCAUUGUAUCGCUUGUCUACUAAGAAUUAUAAUGUCUGUGAAUGCAAUUGUUUUUAUGAAUGAAACAUGCCAAGCUUUCGAGUAUGCAAAUUAAAUAAUUAUUUUGGGCUUACUAAUAGCUGCCCAAGUCAAGCUAAUGUUCUUCCAACUAGCAUAGCUUUCGUGACCUGUUAUUUAUUAAAGAAGUCCGUUGGUCCAAAGACUUCACAGUGUUGAUUGUUGCUUUAGUUAUAUUAGUCACUGUGAUACUCAGUAGACAGUAACAAACAUAACACCUGAGGAACUAGACAGCAUUUGGAGCAUGUACCACUUUUUUGACAUUUUGGAUUUCUGUGUGACCCUUUAAUCAGAAUUAUUGGAUGUCGUAUGCUUAGAAUUUUGGAUGCUAAUAUAAAACAAAAUGAAGACCGAAAAAAUAUGGUUUCAUGCUGUCAAAAGAUGUGGAUAGUAAAAAUCUUUUCUGUGGAUAUCCCUUUUUUUUUUGUACUUAUCCAUUUAAGUUGAAUUACUUCUACAAACUUGUAAGAGUAGUAGUAAAUGUCUGAAACAAGCACAAGGAAAGAUAUUUCCAGUCUGACUAUUAUGUAUUCUGUGGUUAUUAGGAACGACAAGAGCUUGAGAGAAUCAGCCCAUUUUUUCAACGAAGGCAGAAUGGAAAUGGUUGGAAAGCCUGCCUUGGGUGGAAUGGAAAAUGCAUUUUGUAAUAAUUUUCUGAGGCGGAUGGUUGAUUUUUUUGCGGGGCGGUUGAUAAUUCACCAUUUCUGGCAUGCUCCGCGACCAGUAAAACAAGGAAGAGAACGGAAAAGGAUAUGCAGGAGAUCGGGUGACACAGUUUCGGGAGCAUGGGGCAUUCUUCCAACUGAACUUCUGGUGUCAAUUCUGAUUAAAUUAAGUAUCGUGGACUACCUGUCAUUUAGCGGUGUUUGUAAAUCUUGGAGGUCUGCAUCUAUUGAUUUCCGCAAAUAUUGUAUGGAGCACCAGCAACCCCUAAUUGUUGUUCGGCCUAAGUAUUCAAAAAAGUCUUGUGUAUUGUACAAUAUGUUCGAUAUGAAAAGUUACAAGACAAUGCUGCCAGAUUUGCCUUGCAAGAAAUUAUUGGGUUUGUCAUGUGGGUACCUGAUUACAAUCGACAGAAACCUAGGCUUUUGGCUCGUAAAUUUAAUGACAAAACAUGAGCUGCGUUUUCCCUUCCUUCGUGGUAUGGGUGACAGAAAUUUCUUUGAAUUUUCUGCUCGCCUCUUUCGGUCCACUCGGCUUUCAGAAACUUUCAUGAUUCUUUUCUCUCUGAGAACAAAUUAUAUUUUUUUAUCCAAAAGUGGCGGCAGCAGUUGGCAGAGAUAUGUUUUAUUCGACACAAAAGCCAGGAUUGCAGAUGUGAAGAUUUUUUAUGGCAAAAUCUUUGUUUUGACUUCAGAUGCACGUUUGGGAGAAUUUAAUCCGAAGGCAGGUUCUGUUCCGAAGUUCUCCAAAAUCAGCAUCCCUUUUCAGGUUUCAUCUAAUAUGUAUGUGAAGUUGGUAGCGUCAGACAAUAAGCUAUACAUGACUGUAUUGAAUAAUCAUCCUUAUCCUGGAUUGGACCAAUAUCUUUCAUUAUUCGAAAUUGACCAUGAGACAAUGGAUAGAGCAAAGCAGAUUCAUGACUUGGGUGCAAAAUCUUUAUUUCUUAGUUGGUUCAGUUCUGCUGUCGUCGAUACAACUGGUUGGGGAGCAGGUAACUGUGUUUGUCUUCUUCAGUUCAGAUUUUUGAAUGCUUGUUCUUUCUUUAACCUGAAUGGAAAUUGGCUAGGAACAACUCCUGUUGUUUGGGAUGGUUAUUUUUUACCAUAUUUUUGGUAUUUUCCUAGUGAAAUUUGGUCAGUAAGUUGUGUCAGUGAUGAGUUUGGCGCGUGAUGACUUCUAAAUCUCAUGUCAGUUUUUUCCAUUAAGUCUGUAGUUUUUAUCUUCAUCUUACAUUAUGAAACUUUGAACUUGUCCCAUUAUGAAAACUUUUAUACAUUGAUGCUAUAAUGUUUGCCUUAAAGGCACCAGAA